AUGCCUGUCGUAACUCGUGCUGCAGCAUUACGGUCCAAGAUAAUUGGUGUUUCAGACGCUUCACAUGAUAAAGCAGCAUUACCUGCGACAUCCGUGUCAAAAUCUACUGCUAAAACUACUAGUACAUGUGGAUUAAAACAGAAACAGAAAGAAAGAGCAGCAGAUUCAACAAUAAAUUGCAGUAAACCCGAAACAUGCUUUGAAUCACAACAACAAUCGUCAAUUUCGAAAACUGAAUCUGUUCUUCAAGCUAAUGUUAAUUCAGAUGAUGAAGAAACAGCAACAUUGUUACCAUCACCUGAUCAAACUGCUGCAACGUUUGUUACAAAAUCACCAAAAUCAUCAACAGAAAAUAGUGAUCACUUUAUAGUUUCAUUAGAUUCAUCAAAUAAUGAUGAUAUGGCUGUGUCGGAAGGUGAUGCUGAUACUUUCAUACAUGAACCAGUAGUUAAAGGAGAAAUAACAACAGGUACUUCAACUCGAAAUGGUAAAAUGAUCUUCAUGAAUGGAUUUAGUUAUUUGUAUAUGAGCACAGCAAAAGAAACAAUUGGCUGGCGUUGUAUCAGACGAAAUGUAAAUUGUAGAGCAGUGAUACAUACAUUAAAAACAACAGGUGAAUUUAGCCGUUGGAAUGGUGUAUUUCAUUCUCAUACAUUUGAUCCAAAUGAAACACGUAAACGAGAAAUUUUGGGUACCAUCAAAAAGAGUCUUGGAUGA